AUGCCCUCUCGUUCCGGGAAGCAAACGGUUUACACGGAUGGAAGCCGUACUGGUACCGGUCGCGCCGGCGCUGGAGUAUUCUGGGGUCCACGCGACUCGAGAAACUUGUCAAAUCAACUACCUGGAAAACAGACGGCUCUAUCUGCCGAGAUAAAAGCCGCUGAAAAAGCCAUACGUCAGGCCGAACGUUGUAAUGUGUCCAAAUUAUGUGUUGCUACCGACUCUAAAGCGGUAGUCCAUCAUGCAUCGGGCUCGAAAAUGGCCGGUGUUUCGGCGCCCACACGUGAUGCGAUCAAGGGCUUGCAAGGAACGUUAGCGAAAACACCAGUGGAGGUUAGCUGGAAGGUGGUCGAAGGACACUCGGGCAUCCCUGGGAAUGUGCGCGCGGACCAUCUGGCAAAGGCGGGCGCGGGCAUAGCCAAAUGA